GGGGCGGAGGGGAGCAGAGGUCUUGGGGCUGGAGGGGAAAGCCAGCUUAGGCCAGAGGAGCGGUGGUUCCAACAGGACCUGGCAGGUCAGGGGUGCCCAGGGGGUCCGGAGAAAGAGGGGUGAACCCCCCUACAGUGAGCAGCUGCCCACAGCUGGCUAGCACCCAGGCCCUUCCCUGUAGGUGAAGGAGCCCUGUCCAGGGCAGCGGGGACUGGAGAGACCAGGCCACAGCGCCUGCCCUUCUGGGCCCCAGUUGUGGCGGACGGUGAGAAGCAUGUGUGUCUGGGACAGGGGGCGGGUGGCAGGAGGCCCUGGGGAAGGGCACCUUUGAACCCAGAGCCUGAGAAGAGCCGUGUGAUCAGGGGCUUGGAUAGCAGGGAGCACCUGGGCAGAGGGGAUGCUGCGGGCAGAGGGCACAGUCCCUGCAGAGGCUCUGGGGCAGCGCGGGGGAGGGGAUGGGGCUGGGGCUGCAGCGCCUUGGGGGCCAUGGGGACAACGGGCUUGUACCCCAAGAAGGCGGGAACCCUGGGUAUGCGCCGAGAGGGCAGGGAGACUUCCCAUGAGACCCACCAACAGGGCCGGCACGGAGCCAGGAGUAGGUGGAAGUGGGGGGCAGGCAGAUCUUGGAGUUCUUGCUGUGUUGUUACUGUGGUAAGAUGUGCAUAACAUACAAUUUACCAUCUUAAAGCUUGUAAUUCAGUGAUUUUUAAUACAUUCGUGAGGUUGUGCUGGCACCGUGUCUAGCUCCAGAACAUUCCAUCACCCCAAAAGCAACCCCGUCCCCAUCAGCUGUCACUCCCCCUCCCCCGCAAGUCCACUUCCCACCCCUGGAGGAGCCUGUUCUGGACAUGUCACAUAAAUGGACUCACAUCCCAUGUGGCCUUCUGUGUCUGGUUUCCUCCCUGAGCGUCGUGGGCUCGGCUCUGUCCCCAGGGCAUCGUGUGUGGGGGCCCUGCUCCUGUUUGCGGCCGAGGGGCGUGCCCACGUGUGGGGAACCGUGGCCUGUGCGUCCUCCAUGCAGUUGAGGACCGUGAACUGAGCUGCUGGGCAUAUGCCCGCGGGUCUCGCUCUGAGUGUACCCCAGCAGCAGAGGAGGAACGGGCUUGGGGGUGAGGAGGGAGGGCUGGGAACGUGGGGGGGGUCCCAGCUGGAGCUCCUGGAAGGGUGCUCCGGAGGACACGGCCCGGAGAGCCCAUGGGGGUGCUCUGAGGGGGCCCGGAGAAGAGAUGGGAGCCCCAGGUCGGGCGUGGGGGGCCAGGGGCUCUCGACCACCACCUCACUUGUGCCCCCUCCCGCCUGGCUCCGCUGUUCUGCCAGGGGCGGGAGGGAGCUGUCUGGAUGGGGGCCAGCGCUGCCCAGUACCGUUGCCAGGACACCGAAUGCGGCCUUUGUCGCUGUCAACAAUGGCCCCACAGGCCUUCCAGGCAGGAGCCCCUGAGGACCCAGAGGCAGACAUGCAGACCCUGCGGCAGGAGGCUGCCCGGCCCUACGUCCCCCUGGGGACCCUCGAAGCAGAUUUCCCAGCACGUCUGUACCGCGAUGACUACCUGUCCCUGGAGGGGCCCCGCUGGACACCGGCCAUCAGGCAGGCAGUGUGCUGGAAAUACGCACCCAUGGGACGCGAUGCAGCUGGCCAGCUGUGGUACACCGGCCUGACCAACUCCGAGUCCCGUGAAGCCUGGUACACGCUCCCACGGGCCCUGGACAGCCCGUACCGCGAGGCCUACGCCCGCUGGCACGGAUGUCACAGCCACCAGGAGCGAAGCAUGCCCUCGGCCUACACCCAGCGCCUCCGGGAGACUGCCUGGUACGACCCGGUCCUCCCUGCCCAGUACAGGGCGCCCAGCACGCGGUGGGGGAGCACGCUGUGGAAAGACAGACCCAUCCGGGGCAAGGAAUACGUGGUCAACAGGCACCGGUACCGGGUGGAGACACCGUGGCAGGGGUCUGACUACGUGCCAUUCCUGUCGGCACCCCAGCGCCCGCGCUACACCACCCAGAGCUACAGGCAGUGGGACCUGGAACCUUACUGCCCCUCCACCAACCAGCGGCCCUCAUCCAUCUACACGCCCAUCCACUGAUAAAGUUCAUGCUGCCCGACGCCACCCUC